AUGGAAGAUAUGAAUGUUGAUCUUUUAUUUCACCAUGGAGGUAAAUGGACUUUAAAACCUCACCUACUAUAUGAUGAGAGGUAUGUUCAUUCUUUGAGGGCCUUUAAUUCCAAUCACCUAAAUUUGAUUGACAUAAAAGAGGUGUUUGAAAAUAACUUGGAUUUUGUAUUAGUUAAACAAGUACUUGUGAAAGGACCUUUUGGAAAUUUGUUUUUGGUUCAAGAUUCUGAUGGAAUUAGGAUACUUCAGGAGUUAAUAACUGAAGCGUUUAGGGUAGUUCAUGUAUUUGUUGUUGAUGAUAAUGAAGAAAUUGUUUUUGCCCCUAACAUUAUCAAUCAUAGUGAAACCUAUCAUGUUCAGUGUGAGUAUGGGACUGACGCCGAGUCAGAAAGUGAUGAUGGUUUGGUUGAUCCUACUUCAGAUGAUGAUGCUAGGAAAACUUGUAAUUUAUAUGCCCUGGCGACUAAAAAACCUUUGAAAGUUGCAAAAAGUGAUCGAAAAAGAUUAAGAUACAGAUGCAUAGAGGGCUGUCCAUUUGCAAUUCUUGUUUCACUUGAUGGUAAAGGUCCAGGAUAUAAACUUAAGACUUUUAAGCAAGAACACAACUGUGAAAAGGCAUUACACAAUCCUAGAGCUACCACAAACACUUUAUCCCAUUAUUUCAAAAGCAAAGUUCAGAAUAAUCCCAAGUAUGCGCUGAAGGAUAUGAAACAAGACUUGAUGGAUAAUUUCAACUUAAACACUAAUGAUUCAAAGUUGAAAAGGGCCAAGAGAAUGGCCCUUCAAAAAAUGCAAGGCAGUUUUUUGGAUGAAUACAACAGAUUGGAGGUGUAUGCAAAUGAGAUUAGAAUGACUAAUCCCGGUAGUGAUGUGGUGAUCAACUUAUCAAAAGAUGCAAUGGUACAAGGAAAAAGAAAAUUUCUCAGAAUGUACAUAUGUUUUAAUGCAAUGAAGGUUGGAUGGAAAGAAGGAUUAAGACCAUUCAUAGGACUUGAUGGGACCUUUUUAAAGGGCCAAUGCAAGGGGCAAUUACUGGUGGCUAUGGCACAAGACUACGAUAACUCUUUCUAUCCAUUGGCGUGGGCUGUAGUGGAUAAGGAGACCACUACGACAUGGACAUGGUUCUUACAGUUGUUGGAGAAGUCAUUGAAUCUGAAGAAUGGUGAUAGCAUCACAUUUAUGUCUGACAUGCAGAGAUAUUGUGUAAGACAUGUUGAGGCCAAUUGGAUGAAGAGAUUUAGGACCGGAGAGAUGAAGAAACUUAUGUGGUGGGCUGCUUGGUGUAUUUAUGAAGAAGAUUUUAAGGACCAAUUGAAUGCUCUUGGUGCAUUAUCAGAGGAAGCUGCUAAAGAUUUGAUGGUAGAUAAUAAUUUCACUGAAUCCUUCAACUCUUGGAUCUUGGUACCUAGAGGCAAGCCUAUCUUGAAGAUGCUUGAAGAGAUUAGAGUCAAAAUAAUGAACAGGUUGAGAAAGAAGGAAAAAGAGGCAGAAACAUGGAACAUUCAUUCCAAACACAGUCCUAAGUGUAUAGAAUUGUUCAUUGCCUACAGUAAGAUUGCCAACUUAUGCAAGCUUGAGUUUAAUGGGGACCUUGGGUUUGAAGUGUCUGAGGGUGAAGAUAGGCACAUAGUGAAUAUUGUGGAGAAGAAGUGCAGUUGCAGAUAA